ACACGCUUGCCGCCACGGCAGACGGUACUCGAGCUCGGAAUCUCAUCCUGUCCUCUCCGCCGGGUCGGCCCUCACGGCGAAGACAAAAAUCCCUCCCACUCAGCAGUUCAGCAGCAGCAAGGCUCCCUCGGUCCCUCCAGUUCCAAGCUCGCCAAUGGCCGCGGGGCCGGUGGCCGCGCCCUCCUCCAUCGUGGUCCCCUCCGCGCGCCGUCACCGGGCGUUCCCGCCGGCGGCCGCCUCCGCCGCGGCCCGCGAGCCGCCGCGCGCGUGGGGAGCGGCCGGCGCGGAGGAGAGGGCGCGACGCGGGAAGGAGGCGGAGGUCGAUGACGAGGAGGCGGAGAAGCGGCGGAAGGAGGAGGUGAACCGGAAGAUCGCGUCCCGGAAGGCGCUCUCCGUCAUCCUCCGGCGCGAGGCCACCAAGGCCGUCCUCGACAAGCGCAAGCCCGGCAAGGGCACCCGCCGCCUCCUGCCCCGCACCGUCCUCGAGGCCCUCCACGACCGCGUCGCCGCCCUCCGCUGGGACUCCGCCCUCAAGGUGUUCGAGCUGAUGCGGGACCAGGUGUGGUACAGGCCACACAUCGGCAUAUACAUCAAGCUCAUCACCAUGCUCGGCAAGUGCAAGCAGCCGGAGAAGGCGCACGAGCUGUUCCAGGCGAUGAUCGACGAGGGCUGCGCCCCCAACCUCGAGUCCUACACUGCCCUCGUAUCCGCGUACAGCAGGAGCGGUCGCUUCCGUGAGGCGUUUGAAUUGCUUGAUCGGAUGAAGGACACCCCUGGUUGCCGGCCGGAUGUGCAGACGUACUCUAUUCUAAUCAAAUCCUGCUUGCACGCCUAUGAUUUUGAGAAGGUGAAGAGUUUGCUAGCGGAUAUGGCGCGUGCGGGUAUCCGCCCCAAUACAGUCACGUACAAUACAUUGAUUGAUGCAUAUGGGAAAGCAGGAAAGUUUGCUGAGAUGGAAUCAACUCUUCUGAAAAUGUUGUCACAAAAUUGCAAGUCUGAUGUAUGGACAAUGAAUUCUACUCUUAGAGCUUUUGGCAGCAGUGGUCAGAUUGAAACUAUGGAAAGCUGCUAUGAGAAGUUCCAGGCCUCUGGUAUCUCCCCAAACAUUAAGACCUACAAUAUUUUGCUCGACUCAUAUGGUAAAGCUAAAAUGUAUGAGAAAAUGGGAGCUGUGAUGGAGUACAUGCAGAAGUAUUACUACUCCUGGACAAUUGUCACAUACAACGUAGUUAUUGAUGCAUUUGGAAGGGCAGGAGACCUAGAACAGAUGGAAUAUAUAUUUAGACUAAUGAAAUCCGAGCGCAUAAAACCCAAUUGUGUUACACUCUGUUCACUGGUUAGAGCAUAUGGAAGGGCCGAGGAAGUUAAGAAAAUAAAGACAGUAUUGAGAAUUGUCGAGAAUUCAGACAUAACAUUGGAUAUUGUGUUCUUCAAUUGUUUGGUGGAUGCAUAUGGGAGGGUGGGUUGCUUGGCAGAGAUGUGGGAUGUUCUUGAUUUAAUGAAGGAGCAUCGAUGCAAACCAGACAAGGUGACUUGCACCACAAUGAUCAAAUGGUUUCUUGUCAAAGGGAUUGAUGAUCAUCGUGUUCAGUAUCUACGUGAUCUUAAAGAUGGGCGAGUUACAGAUGAUACAUAGGUGUGAACACAAAAGCUGCUGAUUGAAGUAGUGGCUUUUAUCUGCAACUUUCAAGGAAGUGGAAUCAAUCUUACAGAGCCUUGGUUUACAUAGAUGCAUUUAUCUCACCUGCCCUCCACAUCAUGAGUUGCUGAAUGCUACUGAAUCAAACAUUCCUCUGAUAUCAUGAGUUGUUGUCAUGAAUGCUGCUGAAUCAAACAUUCUUAUUAUAUGCCCUAUGAUGGCGAUUGUUUAUGGAGCACAUGAAAACUCAGCUUUGCAAUUUCAGUAGCAGAUCUAUCUGGGAACAUCUUAGCACAGCUAAGCUACUAAUGGUACUGGGUGGGGCAUGCCAUUAAUGAAAAGUUUCUGGAGAAGAUAGAAGCAAAUUUUGGUGAUUGAAGAAUAAUGGACAUGUUUUAGAAGCAAGGGGGACGAUGCUGGUGAAACUGGUUAGAUUCUGAUAUGCUGUUGUGACUUAAAAAAAUUGAUCAUGGAGAGAAAACUUCCCCUUCGGUGGAUGCAUAUGGAAGGGUGGGGUAUUCUUCACUUGAUGAGGUGCAGACCAACCAAGGUGACAUGCACUACAUGAUCACAUGAUCUUUAAAGGAAAUGGCAAACAGUGGGUUGCUGAUCAGCACCUAUACGUGAGCUCAAACAUUAGCAACAUACAGAUGAUCCAUAGCACAAAAGCAUCCCAGGAACCGACUUCUUUCUGCUUUUCUUUCCAAGGAUGUGGAAUCAAUCUCUGUUAGAGCAUUGGUUUACAGAGAUGCAUGACUCGCAUCUUGCCACUGAUAUUCCCCAUGGUGUGAUGUUUAUAUAAGAAACAAUUGCAAUUUUUGUAGCUUAUGGAUGGACCAAGGAUUUCCUUGAGAACGAAGAUCAUACUUGGCAUUUACAUAGCAAUGGUUCCAAAGGUUA